AUGUCCUUCCGAGCCACUCCACGGGCCGUCGCAGGCACCGUCCGCUCCGCUACAUGCUCGAAUUUUGCUGCACGAAGCAAUCAGGCCUCACCAAUUGCUUGCCUCAAUGCCCGUGUGCCCGUCAGCAGCCAGCUUGCAUCUCCUUCCAAGCAGCAGAUCCGCUCUGCCUCCUCGGAACAUGCCAUUGCCAACCCUCACCUCGCUGGAAUCGAGAAGCGCUGGGAAGCCAUGCCUCCUCAAGAACAGGCUGAAUUGUGGAUGAAGUUGAGAGACCGAAUGAAGGUUGACUGGAAGGAGAUGACCCUACAAGAGAAGCGAGCUGAUGGUUUAUUUAUACCAUUGAAAUGCGCCAAAGGAAUAAAUUACUCUUACUGGAUCGCCUUCGGUCCCCAUGGCCCCCGUGCUGAGACCCCCAAGGGCGAGGGUGUGAAGAUCUUUGUCCAGCUAAUGAAGUACGUCGUUAUCUCUGCUGGUAUUUUCUACGCCACCCGUCUCUUCGCCGGCAGCCCUCCAAAGACCAUGACCAAGGAAUGGCAAGAAGCCACCAACGAAUAUGCCCUGAAAGAGAAGCUCGACCCCAUCACUGGUAUCAGCAGCGAAGGAUACUCUGGAAAGGGUUUCGUACAGAGUGCACCAGCUGGCAAAUAG